ACACUUGAAGGUGAAUAUGUUUGCAGAGAGAAAACAUACAAAAAGUUAAAUGUGGAAGAUGCUCAAUCCACGUCAAAAAGAAAAACAUUUGAUAACGCGGGGAAGAGUGAUAAAAAAGAGCAUUCAAAAUAUGAAAAUAUGCCGCGGAAGAAUGCUAGGACAAGAACUAGACAACUUGAAAAUACUGCUGAAUUUAGGCAAUUUAGAAAUACCCAAACAAAGACACUAUCUAAAAAGGACAAAACCACUCAGUCACGAGUGAAUGACCCUCUUAAUAUUAUAGAAGAUGACUCAAUUGCCGAUCCAUAUACUCAGAAACGAACAGACUUUCUGAGACAUGUGCACGAGGAGGGUAUCGAUAAUGUAAAUCAACCAAACCUAGAAGAAGAUAGAAGUUCGACAUUUAAUCUUAAGAAUAAGCAACUUCCAAUAAUUGACAAAAAUCCUACAACUAACAUAAUUCCAAGCGUUGCUACAGUAAAACCUAGACUAAGAAGAAAAGAAAAAGACCCCAACAACCAAUGGACAACACGCGAACACCAUUUAGCAGUAACGCAACCUGAUAAUCAAGAUGUUUUAAGGAAAGUAGCAACAAGUAGAGCUCCACGACCUUCAGAAUCUGAAAUGUCAAAUAAUGUCCAUUCGGGGUCUUCAUCAGAUACAAGUCAGGCAGAAAAUUCAAAUGAGUCCUCCGAAAAUUCCAGAUCGUCGACAUUUGACCCCGGUGAGGAAACUGCAUUGAAGUAUUUACCACCUGUGGAUUCAAUUGAUUUCUGACCUACGUUUAAAAAAAGAAUAACGAGCCAUAUUAUAAUAUGUAUAUAAUUGUGUUAUUUGAAGUUUUGAAAUUUAAACCUUCUUUUUAAAUGAUAUUUAUGUGUGAUUAAUUUAUAUGAGUGCGUGUGUGUGUUUUGUCUUAGUUUGCAAGUCAGAAUUACAAAUAAUGAUUCUAACUUUUAAUUUCUAACGAUUGCGACUUGAAUAAAUGACUGCUAUUGAAUGUUGAAAAUAUA